ACUCGGGGAAGCUCGCUGCCCUGGCCGGCGUCGGGACGGAGCGGCUUUCGGGGUUCUCUGUUGAUCCGCGCAGAUUUGGGGUGCAGCUUGAGCCUCGGGAGCCUUUCGGGGUGAAGCGACAGCGUCCUUCGCGUGCUGAGCUAAUGAGAACGAGGGAAUAUAGAGAGCGACGAAUCUUGUACGUAUAUCUUGAGCUGCAACAGAGGACUAAUGGGUCUUGGGGAGGCUUCAGCAAGAGAGACCAGCAUGGAGGGAGAUUGCCUCAGCUGCAUCAAGUAUCUCAUGUUUGUCUUUAACUUCCUCAUCUUUCUGGGAGGGUCCUUUCUCCUUGGAGUCGGGAUAUGGGUGCUGGUGGACCCCACAGACUUUAGAGAGAUUGUGGCUACCAACCCCCUCCUCUUCACUGGAGUCCACAUCAUACUAGCUAUGGGCGGCAUGCUGUUCCUGCUGGGCUUUCUGGGCUGCUGUGGAGCCAUAAGAGAGAACAAGUGUCUGCUGCUCUUUUUCUUCAUGUUCAUCCUCAUCAUAUUUCUAGCAGAGCUGGCUGCUGCCAUACUGGCCUUUAUUUUCCGGGAGCAUCUGACCAAAGAGCACUUUACAAAGGAACUGAGGAAACACUAUCAAGGCCUCAACGCUACUGACGUCUUCACCACCACAUGGAAUGCCAUAAUGAACACAUUUGAUUGCUGUGGUGUGAACAGUCCUGAGGACUUUGAGGGCAGCCUCUUCCGUGUCCUCAACCCCAGUGAUAUGGUGCCCGAGGCCUGCUGCCGUAGGAACAGUCACCUAGAUUUGAGCUUCAGCAACAAGGACGAGUGUCUCGCAGGCAACAUGCUUUACCGCAACAACAAGGGCUGUUAUUCCUCAGUUGUGGACUACUUUGAGAUGUACAUAUAUGUGGCUGGUGCCCUGGCUAUUGUUCUACUUACAAUUGAGCUGUUUGCUAUGGUCUUCGCCAUGUGUCUGUUCAAAGGAAUUCAAUAAGAGCAUAAGGAUUUUCUCAAAAUGGAACGAAAAAAGAAUGAUUACAAAAUCAUUCAGAGACUUGUACUUCACAGCUGGACGUCUGAGGUGCUGGGUGACACACACCAAAAUAUCAGAUAGCUCAGUAGACUUGCAUGUGGAGGUUCACACACUCUAUGAACAAGGUGUUCAAAAGGACCAGCCUGAGCAGAAGAGGACGACGACACUGCACUGAUUUGGCUCAAGAGUAUUUAUACAAAGUGAUGUGGGCUUGUUUUUAUACAUAUUUGUGUUCGUUCAUGUUUUAGAAUUUCUUACUCUGCCCAUCAACCCCCACCCCCACCAUCCCCACCCCCCCACCCCCCACCAGAACAGCUUCUCAUGCUGGCUUAAAAAAACACCAGUUCUGUACAUUUUUGUAAUUAUUCAUCCAUUUUUAACUCUUGCUGUUGUGAUGGUGCCCGUCUGUGUUUGCCUUCUUCCCUUUCUACAUGGCUUUUUUACAUUUCUUAUUGUGAUGUUUACUGUAACGGUGCUUGUAUGUAAUUUAAGCUCAUUUUUAUGUAUGCUUAUGUAUGAAAGCUGAGAAUGCCAUUAAAGAAUUUUUGUGCA